AAUUACCCCAUUUGGUGGAGUUUGAAAUUUUGGACUCGUUAAGUUGUGUCCUGUAUUGACGCGGCGGCCUGCUGAAAAGUUUUGCGACAUGAGCUGGGCAGUAGAGGAGUGGAAGGAUGGUCUUCCAGCGAAAGCCCUGCAGAAGAUCCUGGAGAUAGAGGGCCAGCUAGACAAACUGAAGAAGGAGAGGACUCAAAAACAGUUUCAGCUGGACUCACUGGAAGCUGCCCUGCAAAAACAGAAGCAAAAGGUGGACAGUGAGCGAAGCGAUGCGUCUCAUCUUAAAAGAGAGAACCAGACUCUGCUGGAGUCAUGUGACUCUUUGGAGAAGUCCCGCCAGAAAGUUGUCCAUGACCUGGGGAUCAAGGAGCAGCAGGUUAGCUACCUGGAUGGCCAGCUCAGCGCCUCCAAGAGAACCAUAGAGCGACUGGAACAGGAGCUCAAAAAGUACAAGAAUGAGUCGGAUCGUUCCUCCUCCUCCUCGUCUUCGCUGUCGUCGUCAUCGUGCUCUGAGCUGCAGGCCUAUGCUACUCCUUUGAAGAGCUUUCCUGCACCAAGCGCCACACCAGGACACAGACAGCAAGACAACAGGCUGGAGGAGCUCCAGGGGAAAUACAGCCAGGAGGUGGACGAGAGGAAGAGGCUGGAAACUGAACUCAAAGUGCUGCAGGUUAAGAUGUUGAAUCAGUCCUCAACCACCGUCAGUCACAAAGAUAUAGCUGCCCGUCAGCAGGCCGGCUCCUCCAUAUUCCCAUGGCAGAAGUCGGACCAACCCCAGAGCCGGCCGUCCCAGGUUCCUUUGGAUACGCCCAUAAAGAGAUGCGGCGGGGGCGGUUCUUCCCUUUGGGAUGCACACGAUGAGACGCCAAUCAAACCCAGCCAGCGAAUGAGCUCAUCCGCUGUGGCACAGAGUCCGGCUGGUUCCUCCGACCAGAUGAAGCAGCUGAAGGCUCUAAACCAAGAACUGCGUGGCUGCAUGUCCGAGCUGGAGAGGAAUCUAGCCUCCCAGGAAAAGGAGAUUCGUGGUCAGAGCUCCCGGCUCCAGGAGCUGCAGAUCCAACUGGACCAGAGCCGCAGAGAGCUGGUGGAUCGGGACCGGGAUCUGGCUAAGACCCGCCAUGAGCUCACCCAGGCUUCAGCCAAACACCAGCAGUCCGAGGACAAGUGUUCGUCUCUGGAGCUGAAGCUCAAGCAGGUCACGGAGGAGAUGGGUUGCCAGAGGCACAAUGCUGAGACCUGCAAACGUGCCCUGGAGCAAAAGAUCAAGGACCAGGAAAGGACCAAUCAGAAGGAGCUAGCACAACUGCAGAGUUCCCAGCAUGCAUUGGAACAGACACUGAACCAGACCAAAUCCAAGCUGACCCAGGAGAUCCAACAGGCCAAGAAGGACCACAACAUGCUAGAGGCUGAAAUGGAGAAGGUGGGCCACCAGAAGAGUCAGAUGCAGCGGGACGUGGAGGAGCACAGGCAGAAGCUGCUGAGGUCCGAACAAGGUCUCCAGACCAGCCAGAGCAAGGAGCAGGACCUCCGCAAGAAGAUGGAGGAGCUGCUCAAGGAGAAGAACAGCGUGUCAGUCCAGCUGGACCAGGGCAGCAGGCGGCUGUCUCAGCUGGAGGAGGAGAAGAAGAGCUCGGAGCAGAGCUUCAAGCGCACCCAAGGCCUGCUGGACGACAUGAAGGCUAAAUGGGAGGCGCAGACUGAGGAGGUGAAGGGGCUGAAAUGUAAGCUGGAGCAGCAGACUCAGUCCUCCAGCAAGGAGCUGGACAACCUGAGGAAGGCUCUCUCAGAUGCUGAGGCCAAAACCAACAGCUCUCAGAGCGAGCUCCAGAAACAGAAGAGGGAGACGGAGCAGCUGAGCGACCGGCUGGCCGUCCUGGAGAAAGAGGGCCAGGCGCUGGGCGCCAGCCUGGCCUCCAGCCAGCGGGAGUGCACCGAGCAGCGGCUGGAGCACCAGGCUCUGCUGGCCUGGAAGGCCGAGAAGGAGGCCCUGAUCGAUCAGACGGAGGCUGUGCAGGGUGUUCUCCGUGAGAACAUCAGCAGACUGGAGAGCGCCAUCUCCCAGCUGAACAAGGACCACGACGAGCUGAAGGGCCAGCUGAACGGGGUGGAGGCUCAGCGCGCCGGCCUGUCGGCCCAGAUCGACUCCCUGAAGGGGGAGCUCCUCAACAAGAGCACCGAGCUGGAGGUGAGGGAGCGGCAGUACGAGGACGCCCAGGCCCAGCUCUCUGAAGCAGGACAGAAACACGCCAAAGACCUGGACAACAUCGGUGUCCAGGUAGCACUGCUCCAGGAACAGGUGGGGGCGCUGGAGGCGCGGCUGCAGCAGGAGGCCGGCCGGGCCGACCGGGCGGAGGUGUCCCGUGCCCAGCUCCAGGAGCAGCACCAGACCACCUGCGACCUGCUCCUGUCCAAGGAGCAGAUGCUGGAGCUGGGCCAGGCCGAGACCAGCCAGCUGCGAGACAGCCUGGCCCUGGCCAGCGAGCAGCAGGACGCCCAGAACCACAGGUUAAUGGAGGAGAAGUUGUCCAUGCAGAGUCAGUGUGAGGAGACCGUCGCGGAGAAGGCCGAGGAGGCUGAACAGGCUAAACUGGAGCUGAUCAAGAUCCAACAGGACCUGAUGCUCUCUGAGGAUAAGAUCUCGUCUCUGCAAUCUGCCUUGAAGAUCCAGAAGAGCCUUGGAGCCGGCCUUCAGGGUCAGAUCGACACUCUGUCGGCCGCGGAGGAGGAGCAGAAGCAGGCCCUGAACGCAACGUCAGAAGCUCUCAAUCAGACCAGGCAGGAGGUCAAAGCCCUGCAGAGCCAAGCAGAAGACAAGGAGAAACUGCUCCUAGACGCCGAGCAUAAGAUCACAGCGCUGGAGGAACAAACUGCUGCUUUGGAAACCAAGGCUGUGGAAUUGAAGGCAGAAGCAGAGAACCUACAGCACACUCACACAGAGGAGGGAGACGGGCUGCGGGCUCAGCUGACUGCCCUGUCGGAGGAGGUGACCAGAAGCAAAGCGCUGGCGGAGCAGCUGCCCGCGUUGAAGGCCGAGCUAGAGGCGGCCAAAAAGUCCUGCGGCUCUCUGCAGAAUGCUCUGGAGGCCGCGCAGGAGAGCCACGCGCCCUGCGCCGACAACGCCGCCGGGCUGGAAAGGAGCCUGGCCAAGACCGCCGGCCUCCUCGGGCCCCUGGAGACCCAGGUCCGGGAGCUCUCCGAGGGGAGGGCCCGGCAGGAGGAGAGCCACGUGCGGGAGAUGGAGGGCUUCCUCCACAAACAGAAGGCCCUCAAGGAGCAGCUGGCGGCGUCCAGGGAGGCGGAGCGAGCGGCGACGGAGGAGCUGGCGGCUCGCCGGGAGCAGGUGGCCAACAUGAAGCGCAGCCUGUCGGCGGCGUCCGCCGGGCUCCAGGAGCAAGACGGCGCCGUCAAGGGCCUCAAGGAGAGGCUGAACCGCGCCGAGGCGGCACACACCAAAGCCUCGGACUCGCUGAAGGAGAAGACGGUCGCCAUGGAUAAAAUCAAGGUGCUGAUGGAGAUGCUGCAGAUGGACCUGGAGGACACAGAGACGGCCAGGACCUCCUUCGACGGUCAGGUGGAGGAGCUGAAAGGAACCAUAGCUCUGCUGGAGAGACAGAAGACUGACCUGGAAGUCAGGCUGGAGGAUAGUCAAGCUCAGGUGUCUGUGCUGGAGACCCGUCUGGAAGAAGUACAGUCCAGCAACGCCACGCUGGAGAGCCAGUACGAGACGGCCCAGGAGCAUCUACUGGAGUGGAGCAACCGCGGCCCUCACACAGAGGAGGGCGUGUCCGACCUAUUGAGCGAUUGCUAUCAGCAAUUAGAGAAAUCCGAGAUCUUGUCCAAAAUAGUUAACAAAGAGAAAGAAAUGCUGGUUGAGGAUGUCAGUGUUUUAGAAGCACGAAACGAGAAGCUGUUGACCAACUCCUCUAUCCUUGAGAGCAGGUUUCAACCAAUGUUAAGAUCGAACCGGGUGGCUCAUUCUUUUUUCAAUCAAGAGUAUGGCAAGCUACAUGUUGCCUAUGAGCAGAUGGUGGAAGAGACGGCCAGGCUGGAAGCUGAAAUUCACGGGCUCCACGAGGAGAGGAAAAUCUCAGACAGGCGUGCCACUGAAGAUAAUUUUGAAAUGUUUAUCAAACUUCAAUAUUUGACCAAAGCAAAGGUUUUGGCAGAAGCUAAAGUGCAUCAGUUAAUUGAAGAAAAGGCAGAAGCGAAACUGACUGAGGACGAGGCAGAGAUUCCGGACCUGAACAAGGUAUCUGAUGAGAACAACGAGUUGGAGACCAGCUUGAACCGACUGGCAGAAGAGCGGCUUCAGUUGGAGAGCGCCAUAAGACUGCUGACCGGGGACAAAGUCCAACGGCAAACCAGUCUCGACCUUCUUGCCGAGGAGAAACGCCAAUUACACGCUAGCAUGGAUCCUGCGCAGCUAAUGGCCCCUGCAAACGAUGAGUCUCGGCAGCACUGGGACGCUGUCCGGCGCUUGGCGGAGAGGAUCCAGGAGACCAAGAAGAAAAGUGAUUGUCGCGACUUUAGAGGCAGGCAGUUUGAGUCUGAACGAGAGCUGCACGAGAAGAAAUCUGGGCUGCAGAAGGAACUGGUGCUGUUCAAAGAGCAGUUUGAUGCUCUGCUGGAGAAGGCGAACCAGCAUUACAGGGUCAUCCAGCAGCUCUCUGAGACCCAGGGGAGUCCCGGCUGCAUGGACACAGCCUCUCCAUCGCACGGUGACCAGCAGGUGGUUGGACACAUUCAACCUGCUUCUUGCCAGCCUGAUGAAAUGGAGUCCAGUAUGGAAGUACCUGCAGAGCGGCACUCCACCAUGGCUGCUCCGGAUGCAGACCAGGAUGAACCGCCAAACCGUCCUGUCGACACCGCCAGGAGGUCGUUCCACGAUGAGCAGCCGUGCCGUGGGGUGGCGGAGGCCCGCUGCCCCGCCGCUGAGGCCACAGCGUGUGGAGGGGACCUGGCCCGGGGGCAGCAGAGCCCUGGGCCGGCCGAGGAGGAAGAGAUGGAGCCCUGCUCCACGCCGCCGAACAUGAACCUUGUCCAGUUAAUGUCGCUUCACGUGCAGGUGCUGAUGGAGAUGCUGCAGAUGGACCUGGAGGACACGGAGAUGGCCAGGACCUCCUUCGACGGUCAGGUGGAGGAGCUGAAAGGAACCAUAGCUCUGCUGGAGAGACAGAAGACUGACCUGGAAGUCAGGCUGGAGGAUAGUCAAGCUCAGGUGUCUGUGCUGGAGACCCGUCUGAAGGAAGUACAGUCCAGCAACGCCACGCUGGAGAGCCAGUACGAGACGGCCCAGGAGCAUCUACUGGAGUGGAGCAACCGCGGCCCUCACACGGAGGAGGGCGUGUCCGACCUAUUGAGCGAUUGCUAUCAGCAAUUAGAGAAAUACGAGAUCUUGUCCAAAAUAGUUAACAAAGAGAAAGAAAUGCUGGUUGAGGAUGUCAGUGUUUUAGAAGCACGAAACGAGAAGCUGUUGACCAACUGCUCUCUCCUUGAGAGCAGGUUUCUACCAGUGUUAAGAUCGUACCAGGCGGCUCGUUCUUCUUUCAACCAGGUCAAUCAAGAGUUUGGCCAGCUACAUGUUGCCUAUGAGCAGAUGGUGGAAGAGACGGCCAGGCUGGAAGCUGAAAUUCACUGGCUCCACGAGGAGAGGAAAAUCUCAGACGGGCUUGUGAUUCAGGCUGACUCGUCAAAAGAAGCCUUUGUGGGUUAUUUCCUCAAAUUUGUAGAGAUAACCGCAAAAAAUGUUAAAAUGAAACAAAGAAUUCAACGUGCCACUGAAGAAAAUAUUGAAAUGGCUGCCAAACUUCAACAUUUGACCGAAGAAAGGGUUUGGGCAGAAGCUAAACUGCAUCAGUUAAUUGAAGAAAAGGCAGAAGCGAAACUGAAUGAGGACGAGGCACAGAUUCCGGAGCUGACCAAGGUAUCUGAUCAGAACAAGGAGUUGGAGACCAGCUUGAAACGACUGGCAGAAGAGCGGCUUCAGUUGGAGAGCGCCAUAAGACUGCUGACCGGGGACAAUGUCCAACGGCAAACCAGUCUCGACCUUCUUACCGAGGAGAAACGCCAAUUACACGCUAGCAUGGAUCCUGCGCAGCUAAUGAACCCUGCAAACGAAGAGUCUCGGCAGCACUGGGACGCUGUCCGGCGCUUGGCGGAGAGGAACCAGGAGAUCAUGAAGUUAAUUGAUAGUCGCGACUUUAGAGGCAGGCAGUUUGAGCCUGAACGAGAGCUGCACGAGAAGACAUCUGGGCUGCAGAAGGAACUGGUGCUGUUCAAAGAGCAGUAUGCUGCUCUGCUGGAGAAGGUGGACCAGCAGCACAGGGUCAUCCAGCAGCUCUCUGAGACCCAGGGGAGUCCCGGCUGCAUGGACACAGCCUCUCCAUCGCACGGUGACCAGCAGGUGGUUGGACACAUUCAACCUGCUUCUUGCCAGCCUGAUGAAAUGGAGUCCAGUAUGGAAGCACCUGCAGAGCGGCACUCCACCAUGGCUGCUCCGGAUGCAGACCAGGAUGAACCGCCAAACCGGCCUGUCGACACCGCCAGGAGGUCGUUCCACCACGAGCAGCCGUGCCGUGGGGUGGCUGAGGCCCGCUGCCCCGCCGCUGAGGAUGAAGGCCCCAAGAUGAACCUCCCCGAACCACACCAGCUUCAAGCUGAUCUGGACCAGAGCCGGGACAAGAUGAGGCUCCUGGAAGAGGAACUCCAGAGCCUCCGCUCCGAGGUCCUCCUGCUGACCUCUGACCUCUCGCUGAGGAAGGAGCUGUCCUCCGAGCUGCAGGGCAAAGUGGACCAGCUGGAGCUGAUGCUCCGGGCGUCCGAGGUCCAGGGCGGCGGCACCGCCGGGAAGCUCACCCUCACCCUUCAAGAGAGCCGAGGCUUUGAGAAGCAGGUGUUCCAGCUGUCGGAGGAGAGGGACGCGUUAACGCUGCAACUGCAGACCGCCAAAGAACAACUGGUGGAUAUCAUGCAGAUGAUGGAGGGUAUGGAGAUGGCCAAAGGUGGCUGGGACGAGAAGUUCCUCCAGCAGGAGAGUGAGCUGAGGAGGGUGCGCUCUGAGAAGGCCAACCUGGAGCAGCACAUCCUGGGCAUGGAGAGCGAGCUGGAGGCCCUGCAGGAGCACCGCGGCACCCUGGAGAGAGUCCUGGAGACCCAGCGGAGGGCCUGCUCCGGCCUCGAGCUGCAGGUCGACACGCUCAGGACAGAGAGCACCCAGCUGAGGGCGGAGCUGGUGUCCUGCACCGAGGAGAGGGACGAGGCGAGCCGGGCCGUCGGCCGCUGGAGGCAGGAGGUCCACAGCCUGGAGAAGACCAACGUCGACACCAGACAGCUCAUCUCCAUCCUGGAGGAGGACAUCAGGGUGGGCCGGAGGGAGUACGAAGCCCUGCAGAGCAACGCGGAGAGACUGGACGGCGAGAAGCAACAGUUGCGCGGGCAGGUGGGGGCGUUGGAGCAGGAGCUCUGUGAGCACCGGGGCCAGAGGGAGGAGCUCCUGAGCCAGCUCGACCGGGUCACUGAGGACCAGAACUCGGCCUGCCAUAACUCUGAGUCCAUGGCCUCCAAGAUACAGGCUCUGGAGGCAGAUCUGAGUCGUAUGACCCAGUCCCUGGAGUCCUCCCUGCUGGAGAAGGGCGAGAUAGCGUCCCGCCUCAACUCCACCCAGGGCGAGGUCCAGAACAUGAGGAGCGGCAUCGAGAAGCUCCAGGUCCGCAUCGAGUCGGACGAGAGGAAGAAGAAGAAGAUCGGAGAGCUGCUGAAAGAUGCCCAGAGGAAGUCUGACUCGCUGCAGGAUCGCAUCGAUGCCCUGGAGAGGGAGAAGGAAGGCACGGAGCAGAGUCUGGAAGAGGCUGUGAUCCAGGCGGAGAUCGCUAAAGCUGAGAUCGAGGAACUCGAGGACGAGAGGAAAAAGGUGGAGGAGGAGAAGAGCUCCCUGGGCGAGAAGCUGUCGGCUCUGGCGGCGGAGCUGGACCACCUCAGGCAGGAAAAGGAGGCCAUGGAGGGGGAGCUGGAGGCCAAAAGCAGGGUCAUAGAGGAGCUGAGGGCGGCCAAGGAGGAGCUGGAGCGGGGCAUGGAGAGGGCCGAGACGGGGAGGAGAGAGGAGCAGGAGAGACAGAGGUCCGUGGUGGAGGGGAUGGAGCGCGAGGCGGAGUCAGAGCGGGCGGAGGCCCUGGAGAAGUGGUCCAGGGAGAGGCAGGCGCUUGAAGCCAGCGUGAGCAAGCUGGAGGAGGAGCUCAGGGGUCUCCACAGCGGUUUGGCGGAGGCCGAGGCGGAGUGGGCGAGGAGGGAACAGGAGAGCGACAGCAGGGGGUCUGAAGAGAGGGAUGCCCUGAGGGGCACCAUCUCCUCUCUGGAGGGGGAGGCGUCGGUGCUCGCUGAGGAGAACCAGAGAGCGUCCGCGAAGCUGUCCUCCCUGGAGGAGGAGAAGGAGAAGCUCAUCUCCAGCCUCGCCUCGCUGGAGAACGAAAAGGAGAGCGCGAACGCCGCCCUUGCUCUGUCGCAGACAGAGAAGUCCCGACUAGAGGAGGAGAAAGAAGCCCUGCGCUCGAGCCUUUCCUCCCUGGAGGCCGAGCGGGACAGACUCACCGGUGAACAGCAGGAUCUCCAGGCUACCCUCUCCUCCCUGGAGGCAGAGCUGGAGACAUGCAGGCAGUCCUUGUCUCAGGCCACUCAGCAGGUGUCGGAGCUGAGCGGGCAGGUCGGCGCCCUCGCCAAGGGGAGGGACUCUGCCCUCAGCAAGAUGAACCUGUGGAUGAAGACCUGCCAACAGUUGCAGCAGGAGAAGGAGACGCUGGAGCAGAGCUCUGGCGCUGGCAGCAGCACCGAGGCGUCUGCCCACGGAGAGGAGGCCAGACUCCUGGCGGAGCAGCGGCAGGCGGCGGUGACGGCGGAGCUGGAGACCACCAGGAAGGAGCUGGAGGCCGUGACGGCGGAGCUGGAGACCACCAGGAAGGAGCUGGAGGAGGUGACGGCGGAGCUGGAGGAGCGCAGCAGGGAGGCGGACGAGAGCCUGGACAAGUACUGCAGCCUGAUGGUGCAGGUCCACAAGCUGGAGGAGGCCAACGAGACGCUGAGCGCCCGCCUGCAGCGCGGCACCACCCCCGCCCCCGCCACGGCCACCCCCGCCCCCGCCGCCGCCACCACCCCCACUCCCACCAAGAGGCUGUCCAGGAGGCUCUCCAAGCGGCAGGAAGUCGCCCCGGAGGUCGACGCGAAGAACCCCACCCCUUCCCCGGUGCUCCCAGGGAGCACGGCCCGCGCCCUGUCGCUGGGCAAGCGCCUCCACCUGGCCAACAGAGACGCGGCGGCGCACACCCCCGCCAAGGCCCAGGAGGCCCUGUACAACCUGACCAAGAGGAUCAAGGCCGGCGUCGCCACGCCCCAACCAGGAGGCCCCCAGGACGAGGAGUUCAGGCCCGAGGGGCUGCCCGAGCUGGUGCAGAGAGGCUUUGCUGAUAUCCCAAUGGGCGAGGCCAGCCCCUUCAUCAUGAGGAGGACCACCGCCAAGCGCCGCAGCUCUCGGCUCUCCUCCAGACGCACCCCCGCGGCUGCAGACCGCACCGUGACACAGUCCCCGCUGGCCGACGGCAAGGUAUCGGGGCACCUCUCCCUGACGAGUCCGGCCGUUGCCGCGGUGACCCCCGCGGGCAGCCCAGCGGGCCGGGCGGGGCGCCGGUCGCUGAGCCUGCAGAAGACCCCGGAGCAGCGGGAGAAGCGUCGGGAGGCGCUGAGGGAACAGGCACAGCAAGGGGAGAACUGCCAAGUGCAGUAGGCGCUCCCGCUCCACCAGCUCACUCUUUCCUCUCUGCCCUCUGAUAAUCGUGUGUGUGUGUGUGUGUGUGUGUGUGUGUGUGUGUGUGUGUGUGUGUGUGUGUGUGUGUGUGUGUGUGUGUGUGUGUUCACGGCCUGUUGGUGAUGGUUGAAGCCCUAUUCGGGUUUUGAGUGUAAAGAGUCCUGAUUGGGUAUCCUUUGAAUGUAAAGAGUCCUGAUUGGGUAUCCUUUGAAUGUAAAGAGUCCUGAUUGGGUACCUGUACCUGGACGUGUGUCAUCGGCUGUGGCUCAAAGCUGCGCUCCCAUUCAGUUCUUGGAGUUGCUGCCAGACGCUUAUUCGUGCCGUCUGUGAAGGCACGUCUGUCUGUAAAUCCGCUGAUCCUCCAGCAUUGUAUAUCGAAAUAUCAGUAAAUGCCUAUUUACGCCAACCACCCGUUUACUAAUGCCAGCUAGCUUUUAAUCACUUUUACUGGAAUACAUUUUAUAUCAUUUUAGUCUUUUUGUUUUUUCCUCCCGAUCAGAAAGUGGUUGUCAUGCAGUCAUUUUUAAAUUUAAUUUUCUCCUUUUUACUUUGUUCCUCUGCUCUUCAGAGUUUGUUAGUUGUGUAUCUAUAUCUAUUAGUUUAUCUUUCUAUUAGUUUGUGGAGUCAUGCAUUGGCCCUGGCUUAUUCCAAAACUGCUUUUUCUAACUAAAUUUUGUACCUGA